AUGCUGACAGCCAGCGUUUCAGGCAUUGGAUGUCGGACUGAGAUAACGUCUCUUAAAAAGCUGGAUAAUUAUUUUGAUCGACGUGCUAAGGGGCAGAUUUUCUUAGGCAGACUGGGCAAUGGAACUGUGCGGGUUCAGCUGGUCAGGUCGGCACCACAAAAACAGUUGGCGAACUACAGCACGAUCGGGAGCCUCUAG